AUGACAAGUAUACCAAGUUUAAAACAAGUUAUUGCCAGCAAUGGUAUCACACAAAAGAAGAAGAGAGAGUUUGGUGUAAUUCAAUCAGAUAUCGAGAGGUUCAUUGAUGUUGCUCACAUGCCCAACGCGGCGACUUACACCACCAUGCCAAAAUUGGUUGCAAAAGAUGGUACUGUCUACAGGUUGGGUGAUAGAGAGUCUGCUAUAGUUAACCAACUAUGCCAUUCGGACUUGUUAACAUCCCGUCCUGGUUCGAAAGCUUCCCAGUUUUCAGAGAUUGCCGACUCUACAUUACAAACAUCACAGGAGGUGAUGUUAUCUGAUAAUAAUAUUUAA